AUUUAGCCGCUGUCAGCGCGCGCGGCCCCGGGCAAGCUCCACUAACUUUGACCCGCACAGCUCGCAGCAAAGUGGGCUCCAAACAACAACAAAAAAAAGGGGGUCUAUUCUUCUCGGCGGAUGACAGCGAAAAGGACAAAAAGGGGGAAGUGAGGAAGAAGUUGUCAUUAUUUUCCCGGCACUAUUCAAUGAUUGUGUGGGUCUAAGCGGCUCUUCCGAGACAAGGUGAAUGUACAGCAUCAUGAUGGAGACCGACCUGCACUCCCCGGUGGGGCCGCAGGCCAACGCGUCCAACCCGGGGGGGAGCGGCAAAGUCCCCCAGGAGCGGAUCAAGAGACCCAUGAACGCCUUCAUGGUGUGGUCCCGGGGCCAGCGGCGGAAGAUGGCCCAGGAGAACCCGAAGAUGCACAACUCGGAGAUCAGCAAGCGGCUGGGGGCGGAGUGGAAGGUGAUGACCGAGGCGGAGAAGCGACCCUUCAUCGACGAGGCCAAGCGGCUCCGGGCCAUGCACAUGAAGGAGCACCCGGACUACAAGUACCGCCCGCGGAGGAAGACCAAGACCCUGCUGAAGAAGGACAAGUACUCGCUGGCCGGUGGACUCUUGGGCCACGCGGCGGGUGUGGGGAUGGGCGGCGGGCAGCGGCUGGAGAGUCCCGGCGGCGGCGGCGGGCACCUGGGCUAUGCCGCGCACGUCAACGGCUGGCCGAGCAGCGCCUACCCGGGCCAGGUGGCGGCUGCGGCGGCCGCGGCCCACGCCAUGAUGCAGGAGGCGGCGUACACGCAGCAGCACCCGGGCACCGGGACUCACCCGCACCACCACAACCCGCACAGGUACGACAUGAGCGCCUUGUGUUACAGCCCCAUCUCGAACUCCCAGAGCUACAUGAGCGCCUCACCGCCGGGCUACGGGGGCAUCACCGGCUACACGCACCAGCACCAGGGCGCCGGCGUGUCUCCCGUGUCGGGGGCGCACGGAGGUACCCUGGGCCCGCUGGUGAAGUCCGAGCCGAGCGCCAGCCCCCCGGUGUCCGCGGCGCGUCCCACCUGCCCCUCGGGGGACCUCCGGGACAUGAUCAGCAUGUACUUGCCCACGGGCGAGGUGGCGGGAGACUCCUCCGUGCACGGCCGCCUGCACGUCUUGCACCCGCAGCACUACCAGGGCAGCAGCACGGCGGUGAACGGGACGGUUCCUUUGACGCACAUAUAAUGAUCAUCAUCAGCAAAAAAAAAAGCACUAAACCGCAACCAAAUACUUUUGGGCCGCUGCUGCGCUCAUGUAAAUGAAGGCUUUUAGAGCCCUAAAAAUGCAAUCACCUGAACAAACUUUAUUUUUCUCCUUCACGCGGAUUUCUUUCAACUCGCUCCAAGUUUUCACACCAUUUAAAUGAUAAUCCUGCAAGUUUGUGUGGAAUUGAAGGCGUGGAAAAUGUGUUUUUUUUAAACAACUUUGCUGCAGGCAGACAAUUUCAACUGAUUCCCAAUUUUAAUCCAAUUGUAAAAACAGUCGGUCGGUGUGAUUUUUUUGAUUUUUUUUUGUUUUGUUUUGUUUUUGUUGUAAGUCUUGUAAAUUGUGAAUAAACAUUGCCACUGGAACGCUUUAUGCAAUUGUACAAAUGCAUUAUUAGUGUCACCCCCCUUAUUAUUUAUUUUUGCCAUUUAAUUUAAAGUGAUCUGAAAAAUGACAGCAAACAAAACCUGUAUCAAUUUGCUUCUUUCAUCAUUGUUGUAUGCUUCAGCUCAUUAUUUCUCAUGUCUAUGCUGUAAACAUUUUCCUGGUAAAUUCACAGUAAAAUACUGGCUAAUAACUGCAUUAUAUUUACAGUCAUUUCCUGUGAAGUUAAAUGCUGUGGAAAAUAUAUUGUAAUGUCUACAGUCAUUUGUUGUAAGGUUACAGUACAUUUUGAUUCCAGUAUUUUACUGUGAAAUAAUAAUACUGGUAAAUGCUUUGAAAUCCUGUAAAAAAAAAAAAAAAAAAUUACAGUGCAGUUUGAUUAUGAAUUGUUUUUUUUAAUGAGUGCACUCUAUUUUAAGAUUGUUUUUAAUAUAUGUGCAAGGAUUCCAUGAUCAUAAUUGUGAGACGAAAAAAAAAGAAAAUCAUUGAUCACAUAUUCUUUUCCAUUAUUGUUGAUUCAAUAUACAAACAGGACUACUUUAUCUAAUUCAUUAUUUGGUGUUUGAAAUCCCAUUGUAAUAUUUUUUUUCUGUGUUAUGCAGAAUAACAUGUUCAAGGUUAAACUGCAUUCCCAU